AUGAGAAACCUUCUGAGUAAAAAGUGGAAGGAUUUAGUCUCUUUGGGCUUAAAUGAAAAGUUCAGCUGUGCCAGCAGGAGCUCAGAUACACAAAGGCCAAAGAAGCUGAGACUCUGGGAGGAAAAGAAGGAGAAACCAUCUGAGACCAUCCCUCAGAGCCACACACACUCACCUGGAUGGGGAGGAGCUACGUCCAGAUGGAUGGUGAAGAUAAAGUUCCUGUUCCCAUCAGUGGAACACUUCAAAGAGAACCAGACCUCCAUCUGCGCAAGAAACUACCAGAACCAAAGCACCAGACCAGAACCAAGGAACUACCAGAACCAAAGCACCAGACCAGAACCAAGAAACUACCAGAACCAAAGCACCAGGUACAGAACCAAGAAACUACCAGAACCAAAGCACCAGGGCAGAAAAUCAACAGCUGAAGCUGGACAGAAGGCCUGGAUGACCUGUGGAGCUGGAGAGGAGAGAACCAUCCCAGCUUUAGAGCGCUCAGACCUGAUCUGA